AUGGAGACCGAUUCUCAAGAACAAAAAGAUAAUGAUGACAUAAAACGAUUUAAUAAAGAACAAUUAUUAGAAACGGUUAAGGAUGAGCAAUCAUUAUUGUUACGUUUGCAAACAUUUUAUAAUAAAGUUGUUCAACAUCAACAAAUAAAUGAAUUAUUAUUUAAAAAAUUGAAUGAUUUCAAUGAACAAUAUGAACUUUUGUCUAAUCGUAUACGAGAUAAUGUCGAUGGUAACAAUGAAACAUUGACAUCAUAUAUCGGAAUAUACAAUCAUUUAGGUGAUGAAUUAAAAAUAUUAUUUCCCGAUAUUAAUAAUCAACAAUUGGUAAAUGAUUUAACAACAAGUUUGACAUCUCUAUUCAUUCAUCAAAUAUCUUGUUUGUUUUACACUUUAAAUCAAAUGUCUUCAUCAUUAUUUUUACCUAUUGUGAAAUACUAUCAUGUUAAAUGUGCAACAGCUGGAUUAAAUUUGAAAACGAGUUUUAAUGUUAAUACUUUUCAAAUUGAUGAAUAUGAUCGUUUUAAAAUAUUUGUUGAUAAAUAUGAACAUGUUAAAUAA